AUGCAUAUGACAGAGCAUGAGUUUAUGGAACUUGCAGACGAGACAUUGCAUGAGAUUCAGAGCUGGUUGGAUGGAAUUGAAGAAAUGCUUGAAGAAUCUGACGUCAUUUUUUCCCAAGGGGUGUUGAAGAUUGAUUUAGGGGAAUCUGGUACAUGGGUAAUCAAUCGUCAAGUACCGAAUCGACAGCUUUGGUGGUCUUCUCCAAUCAGUGGUCCUCGUCGUUAUGAAUACGACACUGUUAAUGGUCAAUGGAUUAACACACGAGACAAAGGUGAACUGGUGGCACUCCUACGCUCUGAGAUUCUGGAUGCUACAGGUAUUGAGAUUUACAGCUAA